CCGCCGCAGCUCAGCCCCCGGGCCCGGCAGCGGACGGUGCCCGCCUCGCGCCUCGGCCGCCUGGCCAGCUUCGGAGGGCUGGCCGUGGGGCUGGGCCUGGGCGCCCUGGCGGAGGCGGCGCGGACGUCGCUGAGCAGGCAGCGCCGGCCCGCGCCCGCCGGCUCCCUGCUGGACUCCAGCCCCUUCCUGUCGGAGGCCAACGCCGAGCGCAUCGUGGACACGCUGUGCCGGGUGCGCGGCGCCGCGCUCAAGCUGGGGCAGAUGCUGAGCCUCCAAGACAGCAGCUUCCUCAGCCCGCAGCUGCAGAGGAUCUUCGAGCGCGUGCGGCAGGGCGCCGACUUCAUGCCGAGCUGGCAGGCGAGCCAAGUGCUGGCGGAGGAGCUGGGACCCGCCUGGCGGGAGAAGAUGUCGGCCUUCGAGGAGACGCCCUUCGCGGCUGCCUCCAUCGGGCAGGUGCACCAGGGCGUGCUGCGGGACGGCACGGAGGUGGCCGUGAAGAUCCAGUACCCCGGCAUCGCCCAGAGCAUCCGCAGCGACGUGGACAACCUGCUCUCGCUGCUCAAGAUGAGCGUGGCGCUGCCCGAAGGCCUCUUCGCCGACAACACCCUGCAGGUCCUGCAGAAGGAGCUGGAGUGGGAAUGCGACUAUCACCGGGAGGCCGGCUGCGCCCGGACGUUCAGGCGGCUGCUGCGGGGCGACCCCUUCUUCGCGGUGCCGCGCGUCAUCGACGAGCUCACCGCGGCCCGGGUGCUGUCCAUGGAGCUGGUGAGCGGCGUCCCCCUGGAUCGGUGCCUGGAGCUCGGCCAGGACGUCCGCGACGAGAUCUGCUCCAACAUCCUGCGCCUCUGCCUCCGGGAGCUCUUCGAGUUUCGCUUCAUGCAGACGGAUCCCAACUGGGCCAACUUCUUCUACGACGCCGGGAAGCACAGGGUGACUCUGCUCGACUUCGGGGCCAGCCGCUCCUUCGACAAAGAGUUCACGGACCACUACAUCGAGGCGGUGAGGGCCGCGGCCGACGGCGACCGGGACAAGGUGCUCCAGAAAUCCAAAGACCUGAAGUUCCUGACGGGGUUCGAGACCAAGGCCUUCGAGGCGGCGCACGUGGACGCCGUGAUGAUCCUGGGCGAGGCCUUCUCCUCGGCGGGACCCUUCGACUUCGGGGCGCAGAGCACCACGCGCCGCAUCCAGGCCCUGGUGCCGGUGAUGCUGCGGCACCGCCUCGCGCCGCCCCCGGAGGAGAGCUACUCCCUGCACCGUAAAAUGGCCGGAUCCUUCCUGGUGUGCGCCCGGCUCCGGGCCCGCGUGCCCUGCCGGGACAUGUUCGAGGAGCUCUACGCUCGGUACUGGGCGCCGAGGCCGUAGCUCGGUGCGUGGGGCAGCCGCCGCGGAGCAGGACCGGCGGCGGCCCGGAUCCCCCCAGCGCGGAGCCCAGGGGCCGGACCGGCGGCGGCCCGGAUCCCCCCAGCACGGAGCAGGACCGGCGGCGGCCCGGAUCCCCCCAGCACGGAGCCCAGGGGCCGGACCGGCGGCGGCCCGGAUCCCCCCAGCGCGGAGCAGGACCGGCGGCGGCCCGGAUCCCCCCAGCGCGGAGCCCAGGGGCCGGACCGGCGGCGGCCCGGAUCCCCCCAGCACGGAGCCCAGGGGCCGGACCGGCGGCGGCCCGGAUCCCCCCAGCGCGGAGCAGGACCGGCGGCGGCCCGGAUCCCCCCAGCGCGGAGCCCAGGGGCCGGACCGGCGGCGGCCCGGAUCCCCCCAGCGCGGAGCAGGACCGGCGGCGGCCCGGAUCCCCCCAGCGCGGAGCCCAGGGGCCGGACCGGCGGCGGCCCGGAUCCCCCCAGCGCGGAGCAGGACCGGCGGCGGCCCGGAUCCCCCCAGCACGGAGCCCAGGGGCCGGACCGGCGGCGGCCCGGAUCCCCCCAGCGCGGAGCAGGACCGGCGGCGGCCCGGAUCCCCCCAGCACGGAGCCCAGGGGCCGGACCGGCGGCGGCCCGGAUCCCCCCAGCGCGGAGCAGGACCGGCGGCGGCCCGGAUCCCCCCACCGCGGAGCCUGGGGGUCGGACCGGCGUCUCUCCCCGGCGUCUCCCUCCUCCGGCCGCGGGCAAUAAAGACGGAUGAUUUCCCCCGAGCUGGGGCGGGCUGCGGCCCGGCUGUGGGGUGACCCCAUA